UAUGCAACUCGGCCGGGGUAACGGGAUUGCCUUCAUCUUUAUCAUUUGGCCUCAGCAAUUGAUAUACUUUCCUCAUUUUCCUUGCCCGAGAUAGCGCGGCUCUACGGAGUACAUCUGCCGCCCACAAUGGUUCAGGGCAGCCCCUUGUCCAGGUUCAAUGUGGCCAACAGGCUAUACAAACAAUCCCUUCUCAAUGCGGUCUGUCUAGUGGCCGGCGUCUCCAUUUUCUUCUUUGGUUACGACCAAGGUAUGAUGGGUGGCGUGAACACGAAUCGCCACUAUGCUGAGUUGAUGGGCUUCGGGCAUUGGGACGAGCUGAAGAAAGACGUUGUGAUAACCAGCACUAUACGUCAGGGAAGCAUUGUUGCCGUUUAUUACCUGCCCGGUACGCUUUUUGGCUGCUUUCUCGGUGGUUGGCUUGGUGACCAAUAUGGCCGCAUUCCCACAAUCGGACUGGGUGCCGUCUGGUCCAUCUUCGGUGCUUGCUUGCAGUGUUCGGCUCAGAAUGUGAAUUGGAUGUACUGCGCGCGUGUCAUCAAUGGAAUCGGCACUGGCAUUCUGAACGCAAUCACCCCCGUCUGGGCUACUGAGACCUCAUCUCACACAUCCCGCGGCAUGUUCAUCGGCAUGGAAUUCACCCUCAAUAUCUUCGGAGUCGUCAUCGCAUAUUGGAUUGAAUUUGGGACCUCCAAGUACUAUAUCCCUACGUCGUCCUUCAUCUGGAGAUUCCCCAUUGCCUUCCAGAUCGUGCCGCUUUUGCUUCUCUUUCUCUUGAUCUGGUUCAUGCCCGAGUCUCCCCGGUGGCUUGUCAAGGUUGGCCGAGAGGAAGAAGGCCGCUACAUCCUAGGUCGUUUGCGAGGCACAGAAGGCGAAGACGCGGCAACGACCGAUGCUGAAUUCCACGACAUCGUCAAGAUUAAGCAGAUGGAAGAGGAAACCUCUCAUAAGACAAGUUACUUCCACAUGUUCUUCGGAAUCGGAUCCGGGAAACUUCACAUCGGUCGCCGUGUGCAACUGGUGAUCUGGCUUCAGAUCCUGCAAGAAUGGAUUGGAAUUGCCGGUAUCACCAUCUACGGCCCGACGAUCUUUGAGAUUGCUGGUAUCUCUGCAGAGGACCGUCUCUGGGUGACGGGUCUCAACGAUAUCACAUAUAUGUUUGCAACAUUGAUCUGCGUGUUCACUGUAGAUCGUAUCGGCCGACGCUGGACCUUAUAUUGGGGUGCUAUCGGCCAGGGUAUUUGCAUGUUCGUCGCAGGUGGACUUGCCCGCGCUACGAUGAAUGCCAGCGCUGGUUCUCGCGAGCACGUCGGAGGUGCAGCCACCUUCUUCGUCUUCCUGUAUACCAUCAUUUUCGGCGCGACUUGGCUUAUCGUCCCCUGGCUGUAUCCUGCCGAGAUCUUCCCAUUGCAGGUCCGUGCUCGUGGUAAUUCGUGGGGUGUCGUGGGGUGGUCGAUUGGCAACGGUUGGACGGUGCUGCUCCUACCGACGAUCUUCAAGAAGCUUAAUGAGAAAACCCUCUACAUCUUCGGCGGCGUCAACUUCGCCUGCAUCGUCAUCGUAUGGGCGCUCUAUCCCGAAUCCAACCAGCGGACAUUGGAAGAGAUGGACCUUGUCUUUUCCAGCGACAGCAUCUGGAACUGGGAGGCGGAAAAGAACUUCGCCAGGCUCAGGGCAGAGAAUCCGGAUCUCAUCCAGACCACCAACCACGGGACCGGUGUCCUGGACCCUGAGAAGGCCAUCCUCAGCACAAGCCAUGGUAAAGCGUCGACAGAGCAAUAUGAACAGUCUCCGGGUGUGCACAAGUAG